AUGGGGGCGAGGGGCGCGCGAGUGGCCCUGUGUGGUGUCGCGCUGCUCUGCGCGCUGGGCCUGGGCCAGCGCCCCCUCGGCGAUCUGAGCUGCAGCCCUGGCCAAGUUCUGCAUGGGACGGGGACAGACGCACGCUGCUGCCGCUGCGCCCCAGAUAAGGGGACCUGUCCUGAACCGGACUGCCAGUGUAUCCAGCCUGAGUUCCACUGUGGAGACCCACAGUGUAAGAGCUGCAAGUACCACUCCUGUCCGCCUGGCCAGGGAGUGCAGCCUGAAGGCAACUUCAAAUUCGGCUUUGAGUGUGUUGACUGUGCCGUGGGGACCUUCUCUGGGGGCCACGAGGGUCGCUGCAAACCUUGGGCAGACUGCAUCCAGCUUGGGUUUCCCACCCUGUUUCCUGGAAACAAGACGCACAAUGCUGUGUGCAGCCUGGGGCUGCCGCCCACUGAACCACCCAGCCCGCUGACCAUCGUCAUCCUUGCCCUGGCUGCCUGCAUCCUGGCCCUGACUGUGACCCAGCUAAGCCUGCACAUCUGGCAGCUGAGGCGGCAAAGAGUGUGGCCCCCAGAGACCCAGCUCCUGGAGGCCCCGCCACCCCAACCCGAGGACGCCUGCAGUUGCCAGUUCCCUGAGGAGGAGCGGGGUGAGCGGCUGUCAGAGAACAAGGGCCGCCAGGAGGACCUUUGGGUGUGA